AUGAAGGCCACCGUUGCUGUCGCUGCUCUCGCCGGCGUCGUCGCCGCCUCUCCUCGCUUCAUCCCCAGCGGCCCUGCCCCUGGUCCCAAGAAUGUCACCACCGCCAUCGACACCGCCGCCGUUGAAACCAGCUCCGUCCCCACCGAGAUCUUCCAUCUGCUGACCCCCAUGGUGCCUCUUCCCCUGCCUCCCAAGACGAGCCUGGACAUCACUACCGCGUUCACCAUCGUCGCCAGAGGCGUGGACAAGCAUGCUCUUACCAGCAAGGCCCCCAACACCACCACCGCCACCAGCACGCACAAGAAGACAACCAGCCACGGCACCCCCAGCACCACCACCAGCUCUCACAAGAAGACGACCAGCCACGACAUCCCCGGCACCACCACCACCCGCACCCACAAGAAGACGACCAGCACCACCGGCACCACUCACACUUCCACCGUCGCACCCAGGGGCGUGGACACGCAUACUGUUACCAGCAAGACCCCUAGCACCACCACCAGCUCUCACAAGAAGACGGCCAGCCAUGGCGCCACCACCUCCUCCACCACCCUCCACAAGACGACCAAGCCAGCCACGUCGAAGACAACGACGGCGACCGUUCUCGCAGAGCUCGUGCCCACGGGCGGCGUCACGCCGCCUCUGGCCCGCAGAGGCGACUUUUUCUGCUGGCCUAUCAAGUGCCUCCCCCUCGACAGGGAGAACGGCCCCAAGGACAGGGAGAACGGCCCCAAGCGCAAGUUUCCGCUGGCCUAG